CAACCGUCUUGCUCUCCAUCUAUCUCCAAGUUCAUCAACAGAUUCAGCUUCAAGUAGCUUCAGAUCUUCUUGAUCAUUCUCAUCUUGCACUCAUAUAUACUUAUAUACCCACUACCACCACAAUCACCUCAAGCAACUCACCACCUCGCCUUGACCAUCAUAGCCUCUCAGUUCGUUUGGAUAUAAAGACAGACACAAGAGGACAGACAGAUACGGGAAACAAUUGAGAAGAAACCAACUCUCUCAAUCUUGCUUUGGGCCAUCUAGAGCUUCGUCGUUGCAAAAUCGACCGUUACAAUUCUCAGCUACAAGCAACCCCACACUCAAACAUAUAACAACUUCACAAUGUCCAUGUUUAUGACACAACCCGCCUACGCCUACGCGGCAGCUCCUCCACCCCCCAGACAAUACUCGGGAACAAGCAGUGCUUUCAGUGCUUCUGCCAACCCCGAUGAGGACUGGACCAAGAUCUCUGACCUCGCUGAGCGCCGAAGAAUACAGAACCGCAUUGCUCAGCGCAACUACCGCAAGAAGCUUAAGCGCCGUCUCGAAGACCUCGAGCGCCGUGCUGGUUCUUCUGACGAUGCCGAGUCCGACAAGCAGCCACAGAAGCCUACCAAGUCGAAGCGAUCCCCCUCCGCACCCAAGUCUCAAAAAUCGCAAUCCGGAGCUCCCAGCAAGUCUGUUGCUUCACAGGGCCAGUUCACUCCUCCCAUGGAGCCUACUGACGAGCUUUUCUUCCCCGGCACCUACGACGACCGAGCUCGCUCAGACAGCCCUCCUCAGUUCACAUACUCAACAUACCCUGCUCCCGAUGAGAUCCUCCUCGCACCCUACGGUUCCACUCAGUCAUACCCAGCCAUCACAACCGCUGAUGCCUACCCCAACUACAUGACAGCGUCUACAGUGCCUAUGACACUUCCUUCCAUGACACACUUUAGCGAUGCCAUCAAGCGGGAGACGUACCCUAGUGACGACGGACUCACUCCUUACAUGACCUACGGCUACAUGCCCCCCAUGGACUUCAACUCUGGUAGCCCAUACGAACAGUCCAACCCUCAUACUCCUCCGCUGUCGCAUUCUUUCGACCACUCUGCCAACUGCUCAGAGGCUGGCUUCGACUACCCUGCCACGCCUCUGUCAAUGCCUGGCUCGCCUGGUCUAAUUCAGCACCAAUAGGGCAGCUGGCAUGAAUGAGAGAAAGAAAGAAACAUAGCGAGAUUUGAGAUUUUGGAUUAGGCGUUGGAAAUGAGCCCCUACGAGGCAUAGCAUGGCGGGUUUU